AUGUCUGUGAUUCCGACCAGCAGUAGUUCUCUUUCGGCAAGCCAGGGAUGCGUGACCUUCAGAAGGUGCACAUCAUGUCUGCUUCUAGUCGCACUUCUGCGGCAUGUAUCUCAGGACCCGUCAUUUGCGGCUCCUGCGCGGAACGCUUGUACUCGUACCAGCAGCGCGCUGUUGGAGCGAAGCCACCUCAAAUGGGGCAGGACGCGUAUGACACGUGCGAUUUGCAGAAGUUCCACCGAUGAGUCCGAGGCGCAGGAAAUGCCUCAGGAGGUGAAGCUGAGCUCUGUUACGCAGUCCACAGUCAAUCUGGUCAAGAAUAUUGUUGGCGCCGGCAUGCUCUCCCUUCCCCAUGGUGUGGCAGCUGUGAGUGCAAGCCCUCAGGCCGUGGCACCGUCGCUGAUUCUCACUUUCCUUGCCGCGGUAUUCAGUACCGCCUCUGAGGUCUUGAUUGCCCAAGCAUGCGAGGCAACAGGUGAGAGCACCUACACCAGGGUUUGGGCCCGGAGCAUUUCCGAGAGCACGAAGCUCCUGCCUGCAGUCGCCUGCCUUGCGAAGGCUGCAAUCGGAUGCAUCUCCUUCUCCAUGAUUCUGGGUGACUGCAUCUCCUUGAUGCUAGCUCCACUGAAUCUGCCUGCAGUGAUUGCCAGCCGUGACGCAGUGAUCUUGCUGAUGACCAUAGUGGUACUGUACCCUCUUUGCAGCAUGAAGUCGUUCGCACCACUGGCCAAGUUUUCUCUGCUGGGUGUGCUCAGUAACUUCUACAUUUGUGCUUUCGUGGUGUUGCGCUGCUGGGACCACUCCUACCAGAAGGGAGGCAGCUUGCUGGCUGCAGCACCCGCUGCGCCACAGUUCGCUGCGCCUACGGGCGCCUGGCACACCGUGAUGAGUCCAGGUCUCAGCGUCUUGUUGAGCAUUUUGGCAACAGCCUUCCUGGCGCACUACAACGCGCCUCUGUUCCUGGAGCAGCUGGCACCAGACCCAAAGACCGGCAAGAAGGACAAGCGCUUCGUGGUGGUGUCCGUCUUGGGUUUCUGCACAGCAGGUCUCCUGGCCAGCAGCAAUUACCUACGUACCUACCUGCCUACUUUCCUCACCUAA